AUGACAUCGGUGGCUGGCUAUAAAUGUGGUGAGCACACUUGUGGCGUUGAGGUCAAAGAGGGAAUCCAGUGCGACAGGUGCUUGUUAUGGUACCAUAACAACUGCUCUAGAUUAGACCAGGACUCUAUUGAUCUUUAUGCCCGACAUUCCCAAUUAAAGUGGAUUUGCUUCCACUGCGUGUGCUUAGCAGACAUUGGUUCUCGAUUGAUACACGAUCGGACUUUUGAUUCAGUUACUCAUGUCUCAGAUGUGCAUGAGUCCGCUAGUAGGAACUGUGUGCAUAGACUAGACAGUGCCGAGAAGUUGAUUCGUGACCAGAGCUUGCUAAUUGAGACAUUGCGUUCAAAAGUUGAAGAGUUGCAGUCUUCAUUGGAAUGUUACUUGUGA